UAGUCUAAUAGUCUUGUCUCUCACAUUCAAAAUCUCCCCCUCCCAGUGAGACCAUCCCCAGUUAAGAAAGGAAUUUCCAGGAGAGGGUUGUUUAUUUGUUAAAGAUCCCCUGAUGCUACUCGGGAAAAGCAACGGCUACUGCACUUCAUAUUGAAUUUAAGCUUGAAAAUUCCAUUGUUGAAGAAGCUUCUACUCUCUCCCGUGAGUGUGUAAAAUUGAGCUCUAUCCGCGACUACGGUUUUCUCCUCCUCCUGGAGGGAACAGGGGCCAUAUAUGGGGGUGAAAAAUCUAUGGGACAUCUUAGAAUCUUGCAAGAAAAUUCUCCCUCUUCACCAUCUCCAGAACAAGAGGGUGUGCAUAGAUCUGUCAUGCUGGAUGGUCCAACUUCAGAAUGUGAACAGAACCCACUGUGCUAUGACCAGCAAACUCUAUCUCCAGUGUCUCUUCCACCGCCUCCGAGCCCUCAUUGCUUUAAAUUGUAGUCUCAUUUUUGUUAGUGAUGGGUCUAUUCCUUCAAUCAAAUUAUCUGCAUAUAGACGGCGAUUAAAUGUUGGGAGUGAGGUAAAUGCGGAGGAAACAAAUCCUAAAAUAGUAUCGUCACUAAGAAGGAACAUGGGCUCUGAGUUUUCAUGCAUGAUAAAGGAGGCUAAAAGUCUUGGCAAGGCACUUGGAAUUCCUUGCUUAGAUGGGGUAGAGGAGGCUGAAGCUCAAUGUGCAUUGCUAAACUCGGAAUCAUUAUGUGAUGCAUGUUUCACUUCAGAUUCUGAUGCUUUCCUGUUUGGUGCUAGAACUGUGUAUAGAGAUAUUUGUCUUGGCGAAGGUGGUUAUGUUGUUUGUUAUGAAAUGGCUGAUAUUGAGAGGAAUCUUGGCUUUGGGAGGAAUUCCUUGAUUACUUUGGCUGUUCUUCUUGGUAGUGAUUACUCCCAAGGGGUGUAUGGUCUCGGUCAGGAGUCAGCUUGUCAGAUCGUUAAGUCAGUUGGUGACAGUGCUGUUCUUCACAGAAUUGCAUUGGAGGGGAUAUCAUUUGCACAGAAGCCAAAAGUUUCAAAAAAAAAGGCGCGCAGUUUGAGUGCAAAUCAUGAAAGGGAUGCUAAUGGGGCUGAUUCCAAUUUCCAAAAGAAUACUGAGUUCAUGGAAGUGAUCAAUGCCUAUUUGAAGCCAAAGUGCCACCCACCUGACUCUGAUGCUGUGUAUAGUGAGUCAAGAAAGACCAAAGUUCUGCUUCCUUCAUUUCUUUCUUACAGGGUACUGGCUAUUUAUCCAUUUAAUCGCCACCAACUUCAGCAGAUAUGUGCCCAGUUUUUUGAUUGGCCUCCUGAGAAGACAGAUGAGUACAUUCUUCCGAAGAUAGCUGAAAGAGACCUAAGGCGAUAUGCUAGUUUACGUUCCACUUCAUCAAACCUUGGAGUCAAAGUUUCAAUGGAUGAGAUGCCAGUGAAGUGUCCUAUAUCAAGUAUUAUCAAGCAAAGAAAGCUUCAAGGGAGAGAUUGCUUUGAGGUUUCAUGGGAAGAAGUGCAUGGACUAAAUGCAUCUGUUGUACCGGCUGAUCUAGUAGAAAGAGCCUGUCCUGAAAAGAUAGUGGAAUUCCAGGAGAGAAAAGCUCAAGGAAAGAAAAGAAGUCAUUGCGUAUCUAGACCAAAGAAACUUGGAAACAUGCCAUCAGCAGAGGAAAUUGAUCUUAAGCUUCAAAAGCUGCUACUUGACAUAGAAAAUGAGAGCAAAACCACCAGAGGUGCCAGCUUAUCAGGACGAUCCAAACUGGAGAAAACUAGUGCUUUAAUCCAAGCUGAUCUUGCGAUCCAAGAACUGCACCUUGAGGACAAGUUGGAGAAAGAGGCUGAUUCUGUUACUACUACGGGGUGCAAGUCAGUCGCUCCAGGUCCUGGUGGAACUGAGGUCAUUGAUCUAAUGAGCCCUUUGCCAGUGUCUGCUCCAAGUUCGACACGUCAAGGUGCAAAUGUGGAGUGCAUCGACUUAAUUGAGUUGAGCGAGUCAGAAACCGAAAUCUCUCCUGAUCAUGCAAGAAAAGCUAGAGAUUUAAGGUUGUUUAUAGCUAGUAUUAAAGAUGAUUGACCUAUGAAUACAAGAAAAGGAAAAUUAAUAAUGUCUAGAUGAGGGGUUCUUGUAAGGGAAAACACGGUGGGCUGAGAAGUUAGAAAAAGAAAACACCUUUCAUGUAUGCAUAAUUGCUAUUUGUGUGGGGAAGUUAGGAAUUUUAGAUGUAGAAAUGAUAAGAUGUAACAUCA